GUCGGCGCGUGCUACCUACCUCCUCGUACCGAAACCUACUCUUUCCACUUUAAUCUAUCCAGCCUGGUGCAGACCACAUUCGCAUGGCGUCCAACAUACCAACCCGGCGUGUAACGCGGGCGACUCGUCUGACCGUCCACAAGGACGAGAACGCAGUCAACCGGCCCACACGCACUACUACUACUACCCGAGCGAAACCCCCAUCGGCCACUGCGAAUGCCCCGGAGAAUGCAAAGCCAGUUGUCCUCACGCGGGUCACCGCGUCGACUGCCGCAACCCGCGCGAAAACAGCUGCACCCGCGUCGAAGGUAGACCCUGCAGCCCAGAACAAGCGGAAACGGGAGGCACUCGGUGAGGUCCCCAAACCUUCUGAAAACAAGGCUGCGAAGCCCGUGAACGGAGGCCCCGGUUUGACCGCGCUCAAGGGGAAGGAGAAGGUGAACCAUCUGAAGGAGAAGUUCGAGGGAGUCGUCAUUAAGAAGAGCACAACCACGACCACCACCGCGCGUGCGCCACUACGCGUCGUCCAUGGAAGUGCGUCAACGGGCACGUCGACGGCGGCCACACGGCGGACACGAGCAACUCCAGCUCCACAACCCGCAGAGCAGCCACAGCCUCUACAGGUGUUGGAGGAGGUGAAGGAGGAGGUAGAGGAAGUGGAGGAGGUGCUUGAGGAUGAUGCGAUGGCCGUUGACCCCAUCCCUGAACCAAAACGAUUCGUGGCCGCUCGCGCCUCUGCGGCAGCCGCACCAUCUGUCAUUCCUUCGCGGACGCCACGACGCUCAUCCGGUCGGCCUGUCGUAAGACAAGAGCAGCUCGAAGAGGAUGAGGAGGCGGAGCGCGCGUUCAAGAAGCGGAGAACAUCGUCCGACCUACCAGAGGAAGCAGCUGUCGCGGAAGUAGAAGGUGUCGUCAUCUACGACGACGUACCGGAGGCAGAUCCGAAUGGUGACCAGUGGGUUGACCUCGAUGCCGAGGACACGGACGACCCACUGAUGGUGAGCGAGUACGUCGUCGAAAUCUUCGACUACCUGAAGAACGUCGAGCAAGUCACGAUGCCGAACCCUCGGUACAUGGAGAACCAGAAGGACUUGGCGUGGAAGAUGCGGGGCAUCCUGACGGACUGGCUCAUCCAGGUUCACUCGCGCUUCAAGCUGCUGCCCGAGACGCUGUUCCUGUGCGUGAACAUCAUCGACCGAUUCCUAUCCGCACGCGUCGUGUCACUGGCGAAGCUGCAGCUUGUCGGGAUCACGUGCAUGUUCAUCGCGGCGAAGGUGGAGGAGAUUGUGGCGCCGAGCGCGACGAACUUCCUGUACUGCGCGCACUCGAGCUACAACGAGUCCGAGAUCCUCCAGGCUGAGCGGUACGUGCUGAAGACGAUUGACUGGAACCUGAGCUACCCGAAUCCGAUUCACUUCCUGCGGCGGGUGAGCAAGGCGGACGAGUACAACAUCCAGGUACGCACAAUCGCGAAGUACCUGCUCGAGAUACAAUGUCUCGAGUGGCGGUUGAUCGCUGCCCCGCCGUCGCUGCUCGCUGCUGCGUCGAUAUGGCUAGCACGCAUCAUACUGGGCUUCUCGGACUGGACGCCGAACCUGGCGCACUACUCGUCAUACCCUGAGAGCGCUCUCGUCCCGACGGCGAAUCUGAUGUUGAACUACGUGCUGAAGCCUGUGAGGCACGAGUCCUUCUUCAAGAAGUACGCGUCAAAGAAGUUCUUGAAGGCUAGCGUGUUCGUGCGCAACUGGGCUACGGAACGGUGGCCCGAGAACGGCGCGGUGUCUCUGCCGGAUGAGCUGCCGGAGCUGAAGGCGGCGAUCCGACAUGCGCAAAUGGCAGAAGAGGCACAGGCGGCCGAAGACGCGGUAGCGCAGGCACAAGCGGAGGCGAUCGCUGCGGAAGAGGCGUUGGCGAAGGCACGGGCGCAAGCCAACGGUGGUGCAUAUUGGUCGAAGCCGUUGAACUUCGGCGCACGCCGCUAAGUGCGCACAUUGACUCAUACUCCCGACAACCUGGAUACCUCCCUCCUACAGACCCCCUACAACCUAGCGCAUCCCCACCUCUGCCGCCGCAUCCGUCCUGGACCUCUGCAUCGCACCGCACGUUUUGCAUACCUCAAUUUUUAUUCUGUUCUCUGGUCUCUCCGCUUCUGUAUUCUCACCGCGCUGGUGUGUUCUGCGCUCUCGCCCCCUCCGAUGAUCUGCCCCAUCAUCCCUAGUCCCAGUCCGUUCCACAUCUCCCCGGCCUGCACACCUCGCAACGCAAUGUUCAUAACUCUCCUGUUUGCUUUGUACUACAAUCCCAUCUUACGGUGAAUGACUUAGAUGCAUAGGAUCGGACUCACUCCAGGACGGAUACCGGACGUCGCAUUCACCUGUAGCAUCGAACCUAUGGUACAUGCAUCAUUAUAUGUCGCUCCCGGUAUGAAUACAAAAUGUAUCCCCAAUAUGUUCGCGUGCACAGUCU